AUGAUUUUCCUUUUUUUAGGUGCACAACUGGUCGCAAUCAAUAAGGCACGAUACUACAGACGUGGUGAUGAUCUUGCACUUGGCGCCGGACCGUUCGUCGCAGCUAUAGAAUUCGCUACUGGAAAGCAGCAGUCGGACUUGAACAAUAAUAGCGAUACAAUGCGGACAGCGCGGUGUCCCAGCUCAGCUGAUAUCGCAGUGGAGGUGAGAAAUAGUUGUCAACAUGUUACUGAUUUGUACGUUCCUGGUCAGCUGAAUUGGAGGUGA